AUGGAUCGACCAAGCUGUAAACUGGCAGAGCAGAAUGCCGGCCCCUUCAGAAUCCUGGAAAAGGUGGGCAAUGCCUACAAACUGGACCUCCCCAUAACAAUGAAGAUUCAUUCAAUCUUCUCCCCAGACAAGCUACGCAAGGACUCCAGAGACCCUCUAUCUGGCCAGACUAUCAGACCACCAGACCCAAUUGAAAUAGAUGGUGAGAAUGAAUGGGAAAUAGAUCGUAUACUGGCCAGUCGAAUAAGCCGGAGCAAGCUGCAGUAUCGGGUGCGCUGGAAGGGGUUUGAUGAGGAUUCUUCAUGGUACCCCGCUCGCGACUUCAAAGGAUCACCACACGCCAUACGCGACUUCCAUGAGGCUAACCCUACAAAAGCUGGACCCCCAAGGCGACUAGAUGAGUGGCUGAAGGCAUGGGAGACAGACAGCUACCUGAAGGACGAGGUUGAUGACGACCUACCGGCAUGA